CAACGUUGCCCUGAAGGAUGAAGGCAGCUACACGUGCAUCUUCACCUUGUUUCCCAGUGGAAAUCAGAAGACUGAGAUACCUCUGAACUUGCUUGUGCCUCCUUUCACAAAUGUGAAGGACAAUCUUCCCACUUUGGGCACAGAAGAGGUUUUAUUUGCUACCUGCACGGCUGCUGGAUCGAAGCCUCCUGCAGAGGUGAGAUGGCUCACCGAUGCUUUGGGAGACAAAGUGAGGAUGACAACAAACUCCACACAGUAUGACAACGAUACAACUACCACAGUCAGCUCUCUGUUUGGUGUUCCUACGAGAGAGAUUAACGGUCACCAGGUCCAGUGUGUCAUCAGUGGUGACUCCCUGACUAAAGAAGAAACUUUGCCCUUCAACAUACAAGUCUACUUCUCUCCCACAGAAGUGAAUAUUAGAAUGAUUACACAAGACUCAUUUGAGUGUGUGACAGAAUCCAACCCAAGUGCCAACUUUAUCUGGAGUAGAUCUGGCCAGACUCUGCUGCAGUCUUCUAUCAAAGUCGACGGUGCACAGCUACAACUGCUGAGUCUGACCUCUGAUCUAAAUGGCCUCUAUCAGUGUGAAGCAUCUAAUGCAUAUGGAACUAAACAUGGUCAGCUCUAUGUGCAUGUGGCAUCAGGUGCAUGCUCUGCUGUUUGGGCCCUAGUUGGUGCUUUGCUUUUCCUGAAUGUUGUUGUUGCUGCAGUAUGGUACCUUAAUAAAUCCAGGCAACUUCAAAGGUGUUUUCCAUCACAUAGUGAUGGGCCUAGAGACCCACCAUCUCCCAGGAGUGCAGGAGAUGAUCAAAGACGAGAGCAAGAACAACUGCAGGAAGUGAGCGAGGUCACCAACGGUUAAUUUGUAGAGAUGUUAAAGUCAAAAUUAAUUAUGUUAAAUAUAAAUUAAUUAAUAUGUCUCUCAAUAUUUUGGUGCUAAUGACUUAACUUACAGUUUUUCUCAAUUGCUUCUGUGCAAUUCUCACAGCAGAAAAGUCAUUCAAACCACUCGUCAUGCAAUUCUCAAAACAGAGCAUUUUUCAUAACAGAGUCUCUUGUGCAAAAGGAACUACUACAAUCAAAACCUUUCUUACAUUGUUCAAAAAACAAAUAGUCAGUCAGUCACUUUAUCUCUGUGAUGAAUGAAUAGAAACCUUUCACCACCCUUUAAAGACGUAGUCAUCAAAUUGUUUAGUUUUUUUUCCCUCAAAACCUUAAAUGACUUUAGAAGUAUUGCAAAAAUGUAGGCCUAAUGUAGUGUACACAUAUUUCAGAAACAAAAGUGAAAUCCGAAGGAUUUUAAUAUUUAUUUUACAAAACUGAUGAAAUUGAGAAAAGC